GUCUAAUAUAAUAUAAUGAGUCAAUAAAAUCUUGAUAUGCAAACAAAAUGUGGAUUGGUGCAGGGAUAUGGAUUUUAGGAAAAACUUUGGAACAGAAACAAAACGCUGUCGUUUCUGUAGGAUCGGUCAAAACCCGACCAAUCGGAAAGCCGACCCGACCCAAGACGCUAGCUACAAAAUGCCGAAUUCCUGGUGAUGCACCCGGCUUCAAUGUCUCUGCUUCUGGAGAGAAUGGCCGGCAGCUUGCCGGCGAUUUAUCGGUGCUCCUUAUUCGCUUAUCAGCGCGCCGUAAUGGCUGCUGCCGUUUGGUUCGCAGAGGUGAGCUUUCACGACGGAAAUUCCAUUCGUUAUCUUCAAGAGCUGACUCUAGGGCGUGUAAACUUAGAUGCCGGUUUAAUCAUCUGAUAAGGAACUGCUCCUCUGCAAACCCCGCAGUCGUCGUUGCUGACGAUGAGAAGUACGGCAACAAGCAGGUCAUCAGCAUUACUCCCCGCCUCUACGGCUACAUUCUCGCUAACGUUCGCGAGCCUCAGUUGCGUGACUGUAUAGUGCUGCUCGUUCAGAUUCUCCGGCAAUUCCGGGAGGAGACUGCCAACAUGCGCGGAAGCCAAAUGCAGGUGUCUCCUGAUCAAGCACAACUGCUGGCGAUGCUAGUGCAUAUUCUUGGUGCAGAAAGGUGUAUUGAAGUUGGUGUUUACACUCUAUGUAUCUCUCUUCAAUUCGACUUAAAAAUGCCAUGGUUGAUCUUUGUAUAUUAACAGCCAUUUUUGUAUUAUUGAUGAAUGAAUAGAUGUUUUUAGA